UUUAAAAAGUUACGCCGCUUUCGUUGGCUGAAUGCAAACUGUUGCCGGAAGAAACGUUUCACCUGUGACACUCGUGGAUAGGGAACAAAACUAAAUUUGCAAAUAAUUGGAAGAUUUCUGACGACGUUAAAGUACAAGUCGUGCAGCGGAAAAGAUGAUGCGAAGACCUCGAUCCAAAACCUGCAAAGUUAUCAUAGACGUGGACUCGGAGUCUGACACGUCCUGUAUCCAGAUUAUUAGCAGUGAUGAAGACAGUGAAGAAUGGAUUCCACCAGCACCCAAAUCUAAAGCAACAAGCAAAGCUGCUGUUGCCCCUGCAGGAGGGGCUAAGAAGCCUGUUACCAAAAGAACGACAAAGACAAACCAGCCAAACCUUUCCAAGGUGGCCGAGGACCCGAAAGGACCGGGCAAAUCUGCAGCCAUGGGAAAGACGGAGACCACUGAUGAGGAGAUCCGUGAAAGGAGAGGAGCAGAGGAAAAAGUGACACAAAGUGAUGAUCUUGACGGAAAGAUCCCUGAGGGAAGUGCCUCAGAGACCAGAGUGAAAAAUGAGAGGCUCUCUUUCAUGGCAGCAGAAGUUCAGGCAGACACAUGGGCAGGUGAGGGGACGUCCCAGACUGGAUUGACAGCAAAGAAAGAGGAAAUGAAGGAGGAAGAUUUCACAUUCGACGAGCCCUGCCUGAAGAAACAGAAGACUGCUGGCACGUGUCAGGGGAAACCAACCACUGCAGCGUCAUCAGAGUCACAUGCUCUGAGGAAUGAGCUUCAGAUGAACUGGAACCUGGUCCAGGUGUUGUCCAGACUGACGUGUGUGGAAACGUGGGUUUGUUCUAAUGUCAUCACUCUGAUUCGUGAAGAAAACACGGUGCCGUUCAUGGUUCGCUACCGUAAAGAGAUGAUUAAUCACAUGGACGCUGAUGCAGUGCGUGACGUUCAGCUGGUGUAUGAAGAACUCUGCACUGUGGCUAAAAAAACCCAGUCAGUUAUCCAGACCCUGAAGAAGGAUGGAGUGUUGACCACUGAUUUGGAGCAAAACCUCAGGAGCUGUCGGUCAGCUGAUGAGCUGGAUCAUGUGUACUCUCCCUACAAAAAAGGCAGUAAACUGACCAAGGCUCGCAAAGCCAAAGCCCUUGGACUUGAAGGAGCCGCUAUUUCACUGAUGAACUCCCCAGAGUCACUGGACUUGAGGGCAUGGGUCAAACCUGAUACUUCAGGUCUGACAUCAGUGGAGGAGGUGGCCAUAGGGGUGGAACACAUUUUGGCUGAUAUGAUCGCAAAAGAUCCUGAGACCCUCACCUAUGUGAAAGCACUCUGUGAGAACAGUUGCGUCACCAUCCAGUCGUCUCUGUCCAAAUCAGCUCAGAAGGACAAGGUGCAGAGGCAGAAUGUUCCCAGUGACAAAAAAACGGGGACCAAAAAGCAGCAGAAACACGUGGACAUUGACAAGUUCCACCUUUACUUCAACUUCAGCUGCAACGUCCAACGCAUCCAGCCUCACCAGACCCUGGCCAUUAACCGCGGGGAGAGUCUGAAGGUUCUGACAGUGAAGGUGAACAUUUUGGACAGAGUGAAGAGCGACUUCUGUCAUUGGUGCAUCAACAACAGGUGGAGGCUAAAAACCUUCGUCAGACCAGAUCUUCACACUCUGAUGACGAACGCUGUGGAAGACUCUUUCAAAAGGCUGGUUUUACCGUUUCUCGUCCGCAGCUACAGGACCAAGCUGACGGUGGCAGCAGAGAAAGAAUCCAUCGUCAUGUUUGUGAGGAACCUGCGGCAGCGGCUGUUGGCGUGUCCAGUCAGAGGUUGUACCAUCAUGGGGGUGGACCCGGGUUUUAGACACGGCUGUAAACUGGCUGUCCUCUCCCCCACCAGUCAGAUUCUUCACACCGACGUUGUUUAUCCACAUAAUUCAAGCAAGUACAAGGAAGCAGACAAACUGCGCCACCUCAUGAUCAAAUUCAGCUGUACCAAGGUGGUCAUCGGUAAUGGAACGGCGUGUCGAGAGACCGAGUCUUUCUUCGCUGACCUCAUCUCCAAGAGGUUUUUUUACCCUCUGGAUGUCUCGUAUUGUAUAACCAGCGAGGCCGGAGCUUCCAUCUACAGCGUCAGUCCUGAGGCCAUCAAGGAGAUGCCAGACCUGGACCCCAACCUGAGGAGUGCAGUGUCCAUUGGAAGACGGGUCCAGGAUCCACUGGCUGAGCUUGUGAAGAUUGAUCCCAAACACAUAGGCAUCGGAACCUACCAGCACGAUGUGUCUGCAGUGGCCCUGAAGGGGGCGUUGGACAGUGUGGUGCAGGAGUGUGUGAGCUUUGUGGGUGUGGACAUCAACAUCUGCUCUGAGACACUGAUGAGACACGUUGCAGGCCUGAAUGCCGGCCGAGCUCGCAGCAUCGCAGAGUGGAGAGAGCAGAACGGACCCUUCAUCAACAGAGAGCAACUGAAACAGGUCAGAGGAAUGGGACCCAAGACCUUCCAGCAGUGUGCUGGGUUCAUCAGGAUCAACCCUCAGACCUUACACAGUUUAAAAUCCUCACCUCCACCUGUAGCUCCAACAGCAGAGAGAGCAGCUCCAAAGAAGGGCAAAGGAAGAACCUGUGUCAGUAAACCUUCAUCCUUCAAGCCUCUGGACCAGACCUGCGUUCACCCAGAGUCCUACCAUGUCGCUCAGAGGUUUCUGUCCCUCCUGGAUCAAAGUGCAGAUCAGAUUGGAAGUCCAGCGCUUCAUCAGUGUGUGGAGAACAAGGUGAAGACCUGGGGUGUGGAGGAACUGGCCAGGAAAGUGGACACGACGGUGGAGACCCUCACACUCAUCAUAGACGGCCUCACUCAGCCUCCUGGGUUUGACAUGAGACAAAAUUUUGGACAGGCCGACUUUAAGCGCGGCAUUGUGUCAAUGAGUGAUUUGCAAGUCGGUGCCGUUUUGACGGGCCGCGUGGAGAACACCGCUUUGUUUGGGACUUUCGUAGAUAUCGGUGUGGGUCGUUGUGGUCUCAUCCACAAAAGCUACAUCACGGCGGAUAAACUUCCAGUGAGUCAGAGACGCCGCAGCCUGGCUCUGGGGCCUGGCCAACGGGUGGAGGUGCGAGUCCUGAAUGUGGACCCUCAAAGAGGACGGAUUGGCCUGGACCUGAUCAGGAUUCUGGAGUAGAGUCAGUAAUUCCUUAAAUCUGACUCCAAGAAGGGAUUGGAUUUAUAACAGGAAGGGACAAAACAUCAACACAAACGUUCCCCUGAUGUUUGGACUGACUGUCGACGUUGGGGCGUUGAACCAGCAGCUCCUACAGUCAGUGCUCAAUUCAGUUCUGGUUCUAUCACAGAGACUGUCUUUAUUUUCCCCCCUCUGUGACAUUUGUUUCUUUCUUUACGUUUUCACCAGCAGUUCACACUAACUGUCAGUGACUGACGGUUAGUGUGAACUGCUGUGGCAGCAGUGAAUAGACGUUUACAAUAAAAUAGAGGUGUUCACGCUUCUUACGAGUAAAAAAAACAAUCUGUGUGUGUGUGUGUGCGUGUGUGUGUGAGAGAGAGCUUUGGUUAUUGUAGAAAGAUUACUCAGAUCGUCCAGAACGAGAUCAAUUAUACUGUAAUAUUUAAAUACACGUGGAUGAUGGAAAGUACACACAGUACUGACUGUAAUUGGGAGGAUGAUGCAGUGAAAUAACAUAAUGGCAGAAAUAAAAGGAAUGAAAGACGGGAGAAGAAAAGAGGACGAUGUGGAAACCAGGGUGAGGAGCGAGAGUCGGGGGAGGAGAGUGGCUUUGUUCAUGAACAGCCUGAAGGCUUUUCAGGGAUGAGCCCAGACUCAAUUAGUCCAGGACUCACACACACACACACACACACACACUGUAAUACGCUGCUUCAAAAUUAAUCCCAGACUCCCCGUCCACAUUAUCCAAUCUGUUUGUGCUCAUGAAAGUAGAAUAAAUAAGAAAAGUCCAAACUGUGUUUGUGAGAAGGCUGUGGUCCCAUGAGCUGAAGCUGAGAGUGGAUCAGGAGAUGCUCAUCACUGUUAGUCACAUCUGCCCUGAGGGAAACAAAUGGAAGAGAUUCUGGAAGACAAACAGAUUUCUGCUGCAGAUGGAUGAGAAGUGGCAGUUUGAUAAAAAAGAAAAAAAAAACACUAAACAAACUCAGGUUCAGACUCAGACUCAGACAGGAAGUCCUUCUCUUUCAUUACGUAGUUCAUUUUUUAAAAUGUAAUUUCAUCCUGUAAUGGAGGCGCUCGCCGCCAUUUGACGUUAACUCCUCCUGUCGUUUUGUUGUCUCUUACUUCUUUUCAUCCCUCACUUUGGACUUUGGCACGUUCACUUGUUUCCAGUGGGUUUUUUCCCCCCUUUGGUAACACACACACACACAUAUUUGUGGCAGUAAUCGCAGCGUCCUUCAGCAUUGUUCCGUCUUUUCCCCCGCCCCGAACGUGAGCCCACAGACGGGCCAGACAAUCUGCGGCCCGGCUACUGGGUUGUUGUCAAACACUGAGCAGUAAUGAGGCGCUGAUGAGCAGCAGAGCCGCGGCAGGAGCCGCUCGCAGCUUUUGGCGCUCUGCCCCUCAGGUGAGCUGCUGUGGAUUGAGAUCAGGUGCAACUUCUGCUUCUGCUAAAACCUGAAUGAAAUUGAAGGUAAGAGUCAGAGUUUUCAGUGCUCUGCUCAUUUGUUGAUGUGACGUGACUGUUCACACACACACACGUCUACACACACGAGUGUAGAAGUGUCACUGUUAACACGGAGGAGGAGCAGGGAGCAGAGGAGAGAUGGAUGGAAGGAGACAGGAAAUGCACUUUCACUCCCUGUG